GGCUUCUUGCGACCGAAGCCGACGUCUUUUGCGACACCAUAAUCGUGACGCUCCUGAGCGGCAUGUCGACAAGGUGACGCUGCUCUCGUCAGGAACAAAGCGAGCGGGCGCGGAUAGUGACCUAGCUUCUGUCUGCUUGAUUUCACAGUCCUCGGCCAUGUCUACCCCCAGGGUUGCCGUCGCUUCCACCCCCCAGCGCAACAACGGAUACGGUUCGACGAGCUACUUCACUCAAUCUCAGAUCCAACAGACCUACCAAGCAGCCACGCCCGAUGCCGAUGCGCUCUCCAAAUCCAACCCUGCUUCGAAUUCACGGGCCGAUAAUGGCGGCCAUUCGAUACCCUCUGCCUCCAUGCGACCGGCCCGGUUCAUCGAGGAGUGGGAUGCGAGUCAGCGCGGAGACUCCGUCGUCGACAGUGCGGUACAGGGUAAUAUGCAGCGCACCUCGCAAAACCCUGCCAACGCGAACGGUGUUCAUGUGGAUGCGAUAAGCCUGUCGCGUGGGAACACCCUCAAGAAGAAGGCGUCCAUCCGGAGGAGUGGGAGCUUGAAGCGCAGCGGGAGCCGCCGAAGUAUGAAGGCUGGGAGUGUUAGGAGCCUCGCCCUCCAAUCCACGGCAGACCAAGACGAGAUGCACAGCGCCUUCUACUGUCCUGUACCGACAAGCGCAAACCCAACCGAGGCCCUCGCCAAUCGUUUUCAAGCCUGGCGCAAGACCCUCAAAGAUCUCAUCACCUACUUCAGGGAGGUCCAGACACACUACGAGCAUCGGGCGAAAUCAUUGAUGAAGCUAGCGAACGUGCUGAACAACACGACAACGCCACCAGGUCUUCUCACUGAAGGUGGCCUAGACGAUGCCCUGGAGAUCUUGCGAGGCUACAAUAAGCAUGCAAUCGCCGAGGCCAACAAAGCAAGGGAAAUCGAGGAAGAUGUCAUACUUGCCCUCACCGGGCUGCGAAGUGACCUCCAUCAGAAGAUCAAAGAGAUCCGAAACCUGUCCGGCGAUUUCAAGAAUUCAGUCGAUAAGGAGAUGGAAAGCACGCGCAAAGCUGUAAACCAGCUUCAAGAAGCCCUCGGGCAGAACGAGCUUGAUCCUUCUCUUACAGUGGGAAAACAAGACCCGUACCUUUUGAGAGUCGCUGUGGACCGGCAAAUCGAGAGGCAAAUCGACGAGGAAAAUUACCUGCACCAGGCCUACCUUAAUCUAGAGAAUUCAGGGAAAGAGCUCGAGUCCAUCAUUGUUGGCGAAAUUCAAAAGGCAUAUAACGCCUACGCCGGAAUUCUCAAAAGAGAGUCAGACGCCGCCUACAACACCAUUGAGGUACUUCGUGCUGGCCCCAUAUCCAUGCCCAAGGACAAAGAAUGGACCUCGUUCAUUCAGAGGGACGAUCGUUUCGUGAGCCCUGACCUUCCCAUGCGGUCCGCCGAAUCCAUCCAUUAUCCCGGUCGCGAUCAUUUUGCCUGUCAAGAGAUCCGGGCAGGGCUCCUUGAGCGUAAGAGCAAGUACCUGAAGAGUUACACGCCCGGCUGGUAUGUUCUUUCUCCAACUCAUCUACACGAAUACAAAUCGGCGGACAAGACGCAAGCACCCCUCAUGUCUCUCUACCUUCCCGAGCAGAAACUAGGCUCCCACUCCGCCGAAGGCAGCUCAUCAAACAAGUUCGUUCUCAAGGGGCGACAGACCGGAUCGAUGCACCGGGGCCACAAGUGGGUAUUCCGCGCCGAAAGUCACGACACUAUGAUGGCCUGGUACGAGGAUAUCAAGAGCAUCACGGAGCGGACACCGGAAGAACACAGCAACCUCGUUCGUGCCAAUAGCCGAAGCAUCAGCAGGUCUUCACAACGGUCGUCCGUCAGCAGCGACGGCGUCGUCGACGACGAGGAGGAACCUCCUUUCACCGCCACCGCGGCCUCGGUUAACCAGCAGCCAAGGAAUGACGGAUCCUCACGACGUCCGUCAGGUGGGCGUUUCCCAUCCGACCUUCAGGUAAACGCACAAAGAGGCUUGCAGGCACCUGGUUCUCCUCUUAGCGCGAAUUCGGGAUAUGGCGAAUAUCCUAAUCCCGCGGAUCCCUCUAUAACAACCACCGUACCAGGAGGCGGUUUUGACCAACAGCCACCAAGCUCUCGGCAAGCUGGUCGGCCUCAAGAAACCGAGCGAGAUGAAUUCCAGCGCACUACUGCUAUAGGCACUGCUGCUAGUGGGGCUCUAUCGGUCUCCAGCUCAGUCGCUGCUACCGCUCAAGGCCGAGUUUCUCAAGACUCCGACCUGGCAAACCGUUCAACGGCUGCCCAACAGCCCGCACUGCUGGCAGACAGGAAACAGGCCACCCCUUUCUGGGCUGAACCCGUCCCCAUCCACCCUUCACAUUCACAUUCACAUCUCUCGGCCCAGGAUGGUCGUCCCGGCAACGAGCUCUACGAACCGCAGACCUCCACAGGGGUGAACGGUGAUUACAGUGCAAACGGGAUUGGGGUUCGAACAUUAUCAUUCGAUGGGGGUGAGGGUUUGGUUGGAACAAAUCAAGUCAUCGGCGACGAUGAGCUCUCUGCCAGACCCGAUGGUGCGGUACGAGCCGACAGUGCUCAGACCAUUUCACACCUCCAUAUCCCGGGUGGAUACCCUAAAGGGUCCAUUACCGGAACUUGACACCCGUGACAGGAGUGUAGGGGUUUGUUUCAAGAGAAGAAAAUAAACUUUAGGCCUACUCCUGAAAAGUCAACAUCUGCUCUACCCCCCCCCCCCCGGG